UAAAAGACCAAAUGUCUUAGACGUCAACACCAGCUAAAAACAGCAACAACCACAAUCGCACAACCGCAACAACCGUAGCUGUGGAUUUGCCACAGUCAACCAGCCAGCCAGCCAGUCAGUCGAAAUACAGCGAAAAGAGAGCGAGAGCAUACAAUAACAUAAACUUCGCACAGAGCUUCUCCAUGGCUGUUCUUUUUUUUUUCAAAAACCUAGCGAUUUGUAAGAUACGUAGAUAUAAGAAGAAUAAAUGUUGCCGUCAAAUCCGGUGUGACACCCACUGGGACCCUUACGGUUUCACAACUGCAUCCUACUGUUCUCACCAGUAAAGUUUCUGGCUACGGCAGAUAAUUACCGAUAUCUUGAGUCCAAAAAAAUUGAAAUAGAGCCCAACUACAAUGUCUUUAAUAUCUUCUAUUUUAGGCAUGCAAACACACACGCGCUUAGAGAACAUCAUUAAGGAGUUUUACAAAAAUUGUGUGUGUUUUUUAAACCACAUGUCCUCGAUAGCCUAUUCCAUGUCCUCGAUAGCCUCACGAAUUCCUUCUUUGAGGUCUUGAAUCACAGCCGAACUGUUGGGCCCAAAUGAAGAAGUAGCAAGGUGUUAAAUUAUCACAAGAUCUCGGGGGACAAUUGCGAUCACGUCUUCAUGGAAACUAUUAGUUGCUUGUAAAGAAACGUUGUCCCGUCGUUUAUCCGAGACCGACCAAAAACAAAUUAUUAACCAUCUCUCAACCCCACCAAACAGGUCACACCGUGCGGAGGGAAAGGCAUCUCAACAUUUUGGUUUUUCCUAGCCCCAGAUGUGAAAAAUUUCGCUAGUUGCGUAUCCAUCGUGGUAGAAAUGGUGUCAUUAGUUGAGAUGAGGUUUGAGGGAAUUCCAGGUAAUUUUCAUGCAUUUCAAGGACACAAUCCUCAAAGAUACGAUAAUGUUAAUGAUUUUUGAUGCCCAAUUUCAAAGAACGAUGAGGUAUGGGCAUACCUGGGUUCUCUACAACACUUUGAAAUGCAGCAGCAAUAUUCUAAGAUUUCUUGAACAACGUGUACGUGGCUUAUUUUUCACACAACAAACUUGUUCCCAAAGCUCGUGUUUUCGAUCAAUUUAUGUAUUGAGUUCCAACAAGGUGCUUUGCGAUGACCCAAAAAUUAUUGAGUUCUCAAUUUAGCUGCCAUACAACGCGUCAUAUCUUCAUGAAAAUGUGUCCAGAUAUCUAUAGAUCCCAUGUAUAUAUGAUUCAUCCGAUUCAAUAUUUAAGUCCUCAUAGCCGCAAUAUGCACUCUACAGCAAUGGCAUUUGUUAAAAGAUAUUAGAAACACCCCACAUAUAUACAUAUUUCCCUCUGAUUUGAUGCAAAUUAUAUACCAACUAGGCUAUGAUCGUCUGCAAGACUAGACGUUGGAAAACUACACCAUUUAUAUGCUUCUCCCGAUUUGAUGUUUAGGGCAUACUCAAAGUUAUGAGAGGAAACAUGCAGCACGAAAGAUCCGUCAAAUUAAGUUCAAAUCGAUACAUGCAUAGCUUUUGAUCACCUUAGAAAUCCCCAAAGUGCCCAAACUUCCAAUUUAAAAAGUAGUUACAUGGCGAUAUUUGUCAUUCCACCCAUAAUUUUCUGUUUUCCUUUGAAAAUUUAAAGUUCCUUUGACCUAAUAUUAAAUCCUGCAGUAUUUGAAUGAAAUAAUUGGAAGUAUGACAACCACCGGAAACACUGAAAUUCGAAAGAAAGACACGGCCCAACAUGGGGAGUAUCUUAUUGAGGAUUUUUUACACAACAAAGAUGUAGCGCCGUGGUUCCGAGGCACUUCCAUCUUUCACUUGAGGGGUGCCAAUCAGCUUUUUAAUGCGAUUCGCGACGACACGGAACAGAGGACGACCCAUCGCGUGAAAACAUGCUUGAGUUUAAUUGGCCUGGAACCCAUACCAUCGUCGAGGGAUCUCAAACUUAUUAUGGGCAUGAGUCGUGGCAACGAUUUAGCCUUUCUGUGGUUUCUAAUGGAAAGGCACUACCGAAACCCAAAUCCUAAAUUUUACAAUCUGAAUGAGCAACUGAUUUGUUCCGCUAUAUGUCAUUUGGAUAUGAUUACAACUCUUCGAGAAUUGGAUAGAAUCCUACCCAUAGGCAGAACAAAAAAUGACGACAAGAAUAUAAGGGAAUGUGGUAUUUCAGACGAAGGACACUGUGCUGGGGAAGACAAAUCCACAUGCGGAAAGUUUGCAAACCCUCAACAAUGUGGCCAACUUCCAAACAAGUCACAAGAAAGGAAUACAUCAGAGUAUGGCCAAAAGAAAGAAAAUUCCCAAUCGGCACAUAGAUCCGGUCGUAAGUACAUUCUGCCAUAUUUCGAGAAAUCAAUGAGGCCCCGGCCCUAUGGCAAACCUCUAACAAUGGACAUGCCGAAUUUCAAGGUGCAAUUUAGAACAUAUGCAAAGUAUGCGGACCCAAACCAUACCGCCUACAACGAGAGCAAUCGAUGGUUUGCCGAUUACGACUUUAAUCCCGGCCGGCGAGUGGCCUAUCAGAUUAUCCAAAAUGCCAUCGCUAAUCUUUUUGAAAACUUCAAUGCCGUUGGUUUGAAAGAGGAGACCGUAAAUGUUCUCUGCGGCCAUCAUAAGAUAAUCAACGAAAUCCGCGAACAGCACAUGCAUGAACACGCAGUACAACUCAGGGACCGGUGUCUUCAAAAAUACUUCGGAAAUAGAAUCCAAAUGGUCCAGAAUCGCAGGGAGCUUGUAAAAUUGUCGCUUCGGAAGACAAUUGAAGCAGAACUAUCCAGGAUGCAAAAACAAUCUUCGACCCAUGGAAAACAGUCUUGGCUGGCCGCAAUUACUAGCGCGUGUGAUAUGGUAGACGUGAAUAUGGCGGAGGAAUGCGGGAAAUGCUGUCCAAAAUCAAAAAUUGACAUUGGCAAGCCAACAGGUAGCGCUGUGAAAACCCUAAUUUUAGAGCAAACCAAUUUAGAUAGACCCCACGUAGACUUGUUUAUACAUGGAAAAACACCAUCGCAACUCUCUAUAUUCACCAGCAAAUAUAUGAAAAAUUAUGAUUUUAGUCGUGUUGGUGAUACUCCCAAGGCCUCGCAGACAUUCUUCUGUAGCCCCACGGAACACAAACCAUUUAUCUUUGACUAUAGGAAAAUAUUUCAGAGCAAAGCCAGAACACGGAAUGGAGAUUGGGUUAAACAGGCAUUCAUUGAGGCCUUGAAUCAAGACUUGUGCCUGCUGAACGAUCUCCGAGAAGCUGCUUCGGAGCUCGAAAUUGCUGCCAGUCAAUGUGCCACCAAUAUUUGGCAAAGAAAGCUACAGAAAUGCAACAACGAACUCAAACGUUCAGAAAAUCGGUUGUCAUCCUGGCCACUGCCUCAUUAUCCGCCCGAUGGAGAAUAUGAUGUCGAAGACAGAGCUCUCAUGGAUAAAAUGCUGGCCGAUGCAUUCGAAUACAUGCGAAGAGAUCCCAAGUUUGUUUUGGCCCAACUACCCGAAGCACAUAAACUUCCAAUGUUGAGAGAGUGGCUGGGCCGUCGAUUUGGAAAAGUGUACACUACCAAAGACCGCUACGAUUCAUAUCGUUAUUCCUUGAAGGUUUUCCAUGCCCUCGACCGGAUGUCAUUUGACUUCCCCACGCCUACUUCUGCACAGAUUGGCCAACACCACUUUGUCACCUACAAUUGCAAGAAGUAUUUGGGACGGAAGGUUAAUGUCAUUAAACGUCAUUUUUUUCGACGCUUAGACAACGCAAUAAUGCGGCAAAGCCGGACUUACUGGUUUGCCAUGCGUGGCUAUCUAUGUUCUGGUCCAGGUCCGCCGCGACAAACCUUUUUCGCCUAUAUGCCAUCUCGUCUGAGAGACAUACAAAGAUUUCGCCUGUGGAAACGAUCCGAGCAUAGGCCAGACAAGGCUGCAUGGGAUAAUAGAACCAAGGCCAAUAGAAGUGCAAAAUCAGCCAUUUGAAGUCAGGUGUUAAAAUCAUUAGCGUUAAUGCGUGUUCUUUCGAUUUGUAUUUUAAUGAAAAAAUGCAAAUAAAAUAUUAAAUGCAAAUUAA